AUGUCACUAAUUACAGCGGAAUUUCUUAGUUUCGUUAAAAAACUGGAAGAGAAUGAUGACAAAUUAACAUCUAUCUCCCCAAUUGAAAGAACACCAGAAUUUGAAUUUAAUAACUCGAUAUGCUCUGUUUGCAAUGGAUAUUACGGGCCAAGUUUUGGAGAACCUGUAUGUGUUACAUGCCAUACUUUUUUGUUUCCUGAAUUCCAAUCCUAUUUGCCUUGUUCAUACUUUUGCACUGAAAAGACAGACGAUGGAGACUCUGGAAAUGAUGAACCUUCUGACUUAAUUUUUAGCUCAGAGAAAAAAUCCAACAGAACUUUCCCAAUUCCAGCUUGGUGGCGUAUCAGGACAUCACUAGACAGUGAAACAAGCCCAGAAGAUGAUGCCAGCAGAGCCAGUAAUUCUGGACCCAGUGGCAGUGGCAGCUGCGGUUCCGGGUCAGCAGUAAAAGACCCAUUCAUCCCUGGAUAUGCCCCUCCACCACAACCACCUAAUCUUCCUCACACUCUCCAAGCCUUGACUACUCCUCGUCUUCCGGACAAUUUGCCUUUGGGAAUUGUUGAACAUUUGCCAUCAGAAGUGCUACUAUGUAUAUUCCGAUAUCUUGACGACAUGUCGCUCUGCGCCUGCGCAUGUGUUUGUACGCGUUGGCAGAGGUUGGUCCGUGCUCGUGUUCCACUUCCACGAUGGGCCACAUUCACAGCUGCCAGGUGGCCGCUGUUUAGACCCAUGUUUACUGACUUUGAUUGGCAACGGAAAUACCAAUCUUUGGUGGAGUCUUGUUUCUGCCGCAAUUGUUUAGUGCAAAUGUGUGUCCAAGCCGCACCCAGCGGUGAAGAAAAUGCGUGGAGGUGGAACAGACUACGCAGCGAAUUAAAGAUGUUACGCAACGACUCUCCCGAAGGCAUAGCAGCCACGCCCUUGGACAUGAAGUGCUGCCACUGGCAGGCCAGCGUCACCGGACCGGCUGGAUCGCCUUACGAGGGGGGCGUCUUCUUUCUAUACGUACAAGUGCCCUAUUCAUACCCAAUGAGUCCACCAGUGGUGAGAUUCCUAACUCGUAUCCUCCAUCCAAAUGUGUCUCGUCAUGGUGAUGUGGGAAUCGACUCUGUCCACCACAAUUGGUCGUUGGCCUUGACUAUCAGCAAAGUCCUCAUCUCCAUACAGAGCUUACUUACAGACCCUUAUACUAAUGUUUGUAUGGAGCCGGAACUAGGGGAGAUGUACGUACAAGAUCGACCAAAGUUCGAAGCCCUCGCGCGACAAUGGACCUGGAAGUAUGCUAUGCUUGAUGUGUUGCCGUUUUGA